AUGAUGGCGGCGCCACGCAAUGGGAAGGCGAGCUCGUACUACGCAGCGGCCGCCUCUGUGUCGAACAACCAGACCACGUCCAACCGUAAGAACACGGCAACCCCAUAUCCAGCCUACCAGGAUACGACGACCGAGUCGCGUCCGCGUACAGCUGCUCGAAGCAUCGGUCGGCCGCAGACCGCACGGCCCCGAACCGGCGUGUCCACUCUUGGUGUCGAGAGCCAGGAAAUCGUGUGUGCCAUCAGCGAAUCUCGUGGCGUAGCACCGACCGUCGGCCUGGCAUUCAUCAAUCUCGAUACUGCCGAGGCCGUUCUUUCGCAAUUCCACGACAGUCAGACUUACGUCAAGACAAUCCACAAGCUCAUGGUGUUCAAUCCAUCCAACGUCCUCGUCAUCUCAACUUCAGCCACCCCAAAGUCGAAGCUGUUCUCCAUCAUUGAAGAGCACAUGUCAAAUCUCGAAUGCAACAUUACUCUUCUGGAUCGCAAGUACUGGGCGGAGAGCACGGGGCUGGACUACAUCCAACAGCUGGGCUUUUCUGAGGAUGUUGAGUCCAUCAAGACUGCUGUUGAAGGCAACUACUAUUCCGUUUGUUGCUUUGCCGCCGCUUUGAAAUAUGCCGAGAUUGCAAUGAUGAAGACCUUUCACUUUCAUGCGCUACGCAUCAAGUACGAGCCAUCCGAAGGAUCUAUGAUGAUCGAUCUGUCGACUAUCCGGGCUUUGGAGCUUGUGCAAAACUUGCAAAAUCCAAAGUCCAAGGACUGCCUGUUUGGCCUCCUCAACGAAACACUGACGCCAAUGGGUGUUCGGCUACUACGAAGCAAUGUCCUGCAGCCUGUCACGAAUCAAGACACACUCAACAAGCGAUACGACGCAGUGGAAGAGCUCAGCACGAAGGAGGACAUGUUCUUCAACGUUCGCUCUGCUCUAAAGCCAUUCUUAGAUAUUGACAAGAUCCUCACACAGCUUAUCCUGGUACCUGCGAAUCCGGCACAUGGCCUGAAUACUGAGCAGUCUAUCAAUAACGUCAUCAUGCUGAAGCACUUCGUGACACUGAUCAGGCCCGUAUUCGAAUCGCUCACUGGCUCUCGCAGUGAGAUGCUACAAGAGAUCCAGCGACUUUGUUCGCCAGAAAACGUCGACAACGUGCUUGAUUUGAUUAACAGCACCAUCAAUGAGGACACGACAUUCGCUCAUCAGCCUCUCGACCUCCGCAAUCAGAGGAUAUAUGCUGUCAAGUCUGGCAUCAAUGGUUUGCUCGACGUUGCACGUCAGACGUACAAGGAGGCUAUGACCGAUGCGAUGCAGCAUAUCGCUGAUAUGGGUGAAGAACACAAGCUUCCUUUCAUUACCAAAUAUGAGAACGGUCGCCAGUUUUACCUCCGUCUUCGUGUGGACGAGCUUGCAGACCGCACUCUCCCGGCUGUGUUCAUCAACGUAUACCGAAGAAAGGACAUGAUCGAAUGCCAAACGCUUGAUCUUGUGAAGCGAAAUCAGAAAAUCGUCGACGCCCACAUCGAAGUGCUGAACAUGUCAGACAAAUCCGUCAGAGAGCUCAUCGUCAACCUCCGCGAGCACAUGUCAGGAAUGUUCAAAAUCUGCGAAUGCGUCGCAAUGCUCGACAUGCUCGCCUCCUUCGCCCACAUCGUCGCACUCCAAGACUACGUCCGACCAGUCAUGAGCGCAACUCUCGCCAUCCGAGCCGGUCGUCACCCCAUCAAAGAAAACCUCCAGCGUAACAACAACACAAAAUACAUCCCCAACGACGUCUACGCUACGCAACAAACCCGCUUCCAAAUCAUCACAGGCUGCAACAUGAGCGGCAAAAGCACCUACAUCCGCUCCAUAGCCUUAAUGACCAUCAUGGCCCAAAUCGGCUCUUUCGUCCCAGCACAAUACGCAGCCUUCCCCAUCAUCCGCCAAAUUUUUGCUCGCGUCUCCAUAGAUUCCAACAUCGAAGCUAACGUCUCCACCUUCGCUUCCGAAAUGCGAGAAACUGCUUUCAUCCUGCAUAAUCUCGAUCCUUCCAGCAUGGCCAUCAUCGACGAACUCGGCCGCGGAACUUCGACGCGUGAUGGGUUGUCCAUCGCCAUCGCCAUCGCCGAAGCUCUCGUGUCAAGUCGAGCUUUAGUCUGGUUCGCCACACAUUUCCGAGACCUCGCACAAAUCCUGUCCGAAAGAAGCGGAGUCGUGAAUUUACACCUCUCCGUCGACAUUUCCGACGCCAGCAUGAACAUGCUCUACACCAUCGCAUCGGGCGCAGAAAAGGAGGAACAUUACGGUCUCAAAAUCUCGAAACUCGUCCCUUUGCCCAGAGAUGUGGUGGAGGUUGCGGAACGUGUGAGCACGGCACUUGAGAGGAUUGGGAAGAGUCGGAAAGCAGGAGGGAAUUUCGUGAGUGUUUUGAAAGCGAGGAGGAGGAAAUUAUUGUUGAAUUUAAAAGAGCAUUUAAUACAAGCGAAAGAGGGAGUGAUGAGUGAGGAGAAUUUGAGGGUGUGGUUACAAGAUUUGCAGAGGGAGUUUGUGGUGGGGAUGGGGAGGUUGGAUGAGGAGUUGGAGAGGGAACGGGAACGGGAACGGGAACGGGAACAGGAGGUGGUGGAUGAGAAUGGAGAAGGAAAGCACUGUCCACCCCGUCCAUAUGUUCAUGAUCAUGACUACCACGUAUAUACAAAAACCACUUCCUGA